AUCCUCGGAAUAUCCGAAUAAAGGGCGGCUUCUUUAAUUCUUUCUCAACAGUAAAAUUCAGUAGUAGUACCAAUUAUUUUUUCAACAGUAUUACCAAUUCAAAAUUAGGAAAACUGUUAAAGCUAAUGGUACAUUAACAAGUUCAAUUUGGAAAUAAUCCAUUUUCAAAAUUAGCAAAGAUUUUCAAGCAAAAUCCCUCAAACCGAUCGUUCAAAAUUUAAUUCAAAUUUAAAAAAUCCGAUCAUCGGAAAAAAAUCAAACUUUCCGACGAACCAUAAACCCUAAGACGUAGCUGAUGCAGAGGAUAAUAUCAAUUUCAUCGGAUUAUUUGAAUCGAAUAAUCCAGAAUCUUCAUAGCAGUUAUUCGCCGCCAAUAUGGGCAACUGUAGUUGCUGGAUUCUUCGUAAUCCUUACUCUCACACUUUCUACGUAUCUCAUCUUCGAACACCUUUCAGUUUACAAAAAUCCCGAGGAACAAAAGUUUUUGAUUGGAGUAAUAUUGAUGGUGCCUUGUUAUGCUGUUGAAUCAUUUGUGUCAUUGGUAAAUCCAGCGAUUAGUGUUGACAUCGGGAUACUACGUGAUUGCUAUGAAUCCUUUGCAAUGUACUGCUUUGGGAGGUAUCUUGUUGCAUGUUUAGGUGGGGAAAAGAGAACCAUAGAAUUUAUGAAGAGGGAAGGACGCGCAGGUUCAAAGAUGCCACUACUAGAGCAUGGCUCUGAAAAGGGGAUUGUUAAGCAUCAUUUUCCCAUGAAAUAUAUUUUCAAGCCAUGGAAACUUGGUCAGUGGGUAUACCAAGUUAUCAAGUUCGGAAUUUUCCAAUAUGUGAUAAUCAAAGCAUUUACUGCUACUUUGGCAGUGAUUCUUGAAGCUUUUGAUGUAUAUUGUGAAGGAGACUUCAAAUGGAAUUGUGGGUAUCCAUAUAUGGCCGUGGUUUUAAAUUUCAGUCAAUCAUGGGCAUUGUAUUGCUUAGUUCAAUUUUAUACUAUUGCAAAGGAUGAAUUAUCUCACAUCAAGCCGCUGUACAAGUUUCUAACAUUCAAGUCAAUUGUUUUCUUAACUUGGUGGCAAGGCGUGGUGAUAGCCCUGUGCUCUACACUUGGUUUCUUUAGAAGUCCAAUAGCUCAAGCUUUACAGUUUAAGUCCAGUGUUCAAGAUUUCAUCAUAUGCAUUGAGUACAGAUGGGCAUUGCUUCUGUAGUUCACCUCUAUGUCUUCCCUGCCAAGCCAUACGAGCUGAUGGGAGAGCGUUUUACUGGGGAUGUUGCAGUUCUGGGAGAUUACGUAUCUGCUGA